CUCAGGCCGGCCUCCUGUGGACACGGACGGUUCUGAGGCACAUCUGACCGCCGGCCGGCUUCCAGAAUGAGGACCGCCGCCUUCCGGACGCCAGGCUCCGCGACAGAGCUGCCGGCAGCCCUCUGAGACUCCUGACCCGCGCGAGCGCGGGAGCAGCCGCGCCAAGAUGGAUAUGAACAUGACCCGGCCGGACAACGCCACCAUCGUGAUGCUGCGCGACCCGACCAUCGCGGUGGUCCUGCCCGUCGUGUACUCGCUGGUGGCGCUGGUCAGCAUCCCGGGCAACCUCUUCUCCCUGUGGGUCCUGUGCUGCCACAUCGGGCCCAAGUCCCCGUCGGUCAUCUUCAUGAUCAACCUGAGCGUCACGGACCUGAUGCUGGCCUGCGUGCUCCCUUUCCAGAUCUACUACCACUGCAACGGGAACCACUGGGUGUUCGGGGAGCUGCUGUGCAACGUGGUCACCGUGGCCUUCUACGCCAACAUGUACUCGUCCAUCCUCACCAUGACGUGCAUCAGCGUGGAGCGCUUUCUGGGCGUGGUGUACCCGCUGGCCUCCGCGCGCUGGCGCCGGCGCCGCUACGCCGUGGCCGCCUGCGUCUGCGUCUGGCUGCUGCUGCUGGCCGCGCUGUCCCCGCUGGCGCGCACCGACCUCACCUACACUGUGGAGGCGCUGGGCAUCGUCACCUGCUUCGACGUGCUCAAGUCCACCAUGCUGCCCAGCGUGGCCAUGUGGGCCAUCUUCCUCUUCACGCUGUUCAUCGUGCUGUUCUUCAUCCCCUUCGUGGUCACCGUGGCCUGCUACACGGCCACCAUCCUGACGCUGCUGCGCGCCUCUGACCCGCACGGCCGCGGCCAGCGGCGCCGCGCGGUGAGCCUGGCCGUCGUGGUGCUGCUGGCCUUCGUCACCUGCUUUGCGCCCAACAACUUCGUGCUGCUGGUGCACAUGGUCAGCCGCCUGUUCCUGGGCGGCAGCUACUACCACGUGUACAAGCUCACGCUCUGCCUCAGCUGCGUGAACAACUGCCUGGACCCCUUCGUGUACUACUUUGCGUCCCGCGAGUUCCAGCUGCGGCUGCGGCGCUAUCUGGGCUACGGGCGGCUGCAGGCCUGCGGCCAGGACGCGCGCAGGGAUACCCUCUUCUCUGCCCGGACGCUGUCGGCGCGCUCCAUGUCCAGCGGCCACGGCGAGGGGCUGGACGGCCCCAGCCGGCCCUGCCUCCAGAGGCAGGAGAGCGUGUUCUGAGCCCCCCACCGCCAGAGUGGGGGUGGGGGAACGGCUGGGGACCGAGGGGUCGGCCCUUCCCCGCCGGCCUACCUGCUGCUCCUACUGCCAUGUCCGCCGCGGUGCACACGGAGAGGGUCCCCAGAUGGGCCUGCUGCUCCUAGGACGCAUCCGCCCGGUGCGCACAGAGAGGGUCUCCAAGUGGGCUUGAGUCUGGUGUCCCAACACAGCCGCAGAGCAACAAGACGGAACACCCCGCGGUGUAACAGGACCGGACCCAGCGGGCCAGGCCGACUGGUCCUGCUCCCUGAGGAUGACGACCCAACCUGACCGAACAUCCAGCCAGCCCAGCUGAGACCCCAUCGACCCCCUACACCCGCCUGCCUUGUUCUCUGUGCCUCCUGCUCGGGGACGCUGGGGACACAUGCUGCUCCCCAGCCUAGCAGCGCCUAGACUUGCUGUUCCUACCAGCCUCGGUCACUGUCUGUGCUGGGAUGUACCCCGGCCAGAGCAGACGGGCCUCUCUGGCCUCUGUUUUCCCAGACCUCACAGGCUCCCCUGCACCCCAUGUCACCCGGUCCCCACAGGAGCAACUGUUGCAAGGCUUCCAAAGCGUUUGGUCACUCUGGUUCCUCCAGCUGCACAAUCUACAAAAAUGUCAUGAGUCACAAGGUCCAGACGGGAAGGACAUCCGUCCCGAAGGUGUAGGUCAGGCCCCCCACGCGGGUGGAGGGUCUCCAGGCCCAUGAGACGCUGCUGAGGCUGAGCACUGUGAAAGACAAUGGCCAUCCGCACCUUCUGCCGGGCUCCUGGACAUGGUUCCGGGUCCAGCUGGCCCCGAGGUGCCCUCUGGCUCGUUCUUGGCCUCCUGCUCCCAGCCGAGAGCCCCUGAGUCACAAGCAAGGCCUCUCGGCAUGUGAGGUGGGCUUGCGCACCUAUCCUGACCCAUGGGACCCUCUGGGAUCUGGACACCCCGCAAGACCAUGGACCACAGAAGCCUGGGGAAGGAUCAGCGCCUGGGACCCCUUUGUGCCUGUCGGCUGCCUCUUUAUAUGGGCAGGGGCAUCCUUGUGUCUUCCUGAGCCCAGGGCACAUCUGGACCAGCCCUGACUCGUGUGCUGCUUCGGGAAGACAAGGAACCCCAUCCCCGGGGGGUCUGGGGUGCCAAAACAGUGGGUUUCCAGGAGCCCAGGAUUUGCCGGAAACAGCAAAGUUGGGUACUUUAUUCAGCAAAAAUGGCAUGCACGGCCCGGACUCCGGGACCUCUGGGGAGGAGCGGCUGCAUAGCAGACAGCGUCCCCACGGCAGGUUCCAAGUACAGGUGGAGAGUGAUAGCUGCUGCCCAUGGACCCCUGAGGGGAGGGGGAGCCUGGUCCUGGUGUCAUUGCUUAGGAAGGAAAACAGACACAGCUGUCUUCGAGCCAACAGUGACCCCAAGCCCGUGUCCACCCAGGACCUCAGAAUGUGACUUGCUGGUUCAGGGUGACCCUCAAUCCAACGACAGGUGUCCUUGUAAGAGACAGAAGAGGAGACAGAUGCAGAGGAGAAGGCACGUGAGGACGGAGGCAGAGAUGGGAGGGAUGUGGUCACCAGCCCAGGGACGCCGGGAGCCCCAGAAGCUGGAAGAAGCAAGAAGGACCCUGCCCCGGAGCCUCAGGAGGGAACCCAGCCCUGCCCCGCCUGGAUCUCAGCAGCCCUGCCCCGCCUGGAUCUCGGACUGGUCUCCAGAGCUGGGAGGGAAUGAAUCCUGGUGGUUUUAAGUCUCCAGUUUGCAAUGGCCCCCCCAGCACGCUGCAUCUGGGCCACUCUGAAAUUGCAACUUGGGUCAUGGGACCCAAUCUCUUAGCAUGCAGGGCUCUCGGGACCCCUGCAGGGUCUGCCCUCGUGAGGCCAUGGAGCUGCCCCGAGAGUCCCCAACACAUGGCCCCAGAGAUUUCCAACACCGCCAAUGCCUUUCUGCACACCGUCUCCAGAUUUUUAGUUCCGGAACGGGCCUCCCAGGCGGACGGGUGCUGCCAUGUCCGGGGCCCCAAAGCUAGAGGCUCCCCAAGGCGACUUGCAGAGAGAAGGCCUGAGUCCCAGCGGGCACUCCCCACCCACAGGCUCCUCAGUCCUCCAGACCACGUGGCCGAGAGGUGACUUCUCUCCUCUUCCGUGUACACAGUGACGUCCACGCGUGGAAUCUGAAAACAACGCUGAGGGCCACACUUCACAGGGACGCCUGCCCCGGGAGUAACUACUCGGUUCCAGCUGCCCAUUAUGUGCCGUGCACCCCAGAGGUUAGUGUAUACCCUGGGGACCCCAACACCAGCCUCUGGAGGCUCCAGUCCCCCUCCCUGGGCGUGGUCUUAGAAUGAAACCCAAUUUUGUAGGUUUGCCUCGUGCCCGUGCUUGUCUGGGGUGUGCAGAGGCACGUGCAGGGGGAAAGCAGGUGAGUGCAUGCUACGCUCGCCCUUGGGAACAGAGAGUCAGCCUUCGGGGUCCCCUCGACACUCUGGGAUUACACAUAGUCAUUGUCCACCGCCUUGCAGCAGGAACGUCCCCACAGGGGACAGCACCUGAGCACAUGAGUGCUGAAUGCCCAGGUGCGUGCAUGGAACUCAAAGUCACCACAGGAACCUUCCGAGACACCGCUUGAGACUCACCUGGAGAAGGAUUUACCUGAGGGCACACAGGUGGCUCCAAAAAGGCUGGCCCGAGGGACCCGAACUCCGCAAGGCAAGAGCCCCGACCCGCCGCUCUUCUCGACUCUCCCAAACCCAAACCCUAGAAAGCAACAUCGAGGCAGCAGCCGCGUGCAGAGUUGGAAAUCCUGAGCCAGCAAGACGCCCCCAGCCACGCUCUGGGCGUGGGCCUCGGUGCAUCUGGUGCACAAAAGCUGUGAAAACCUCAAACCAGCCGCACAGAACACGCCGGCGGCCCGUGAGAAGCCGCACACCCCGAUUCUGGAGGAAGUCUGUCUACGUGAUCUCCUCCUCCGUGGGAUGUCAGGCCUCUGGAACCCUCGGGGGACCGAGGGGACUGUCAGCGGGGUCAGUGCCCAGCCAGCGGGCAGAUCUCAGCGUGGGGUGUUAGCGGGAAGGUGGGGGUUGCGAUCACACCGGGUCCUUCUUGUUGCUGCGAAUCCCAGUGCACGGGUCCCUGCUUCAUGCCACCGUGUCUGUCCUAUCGUCUGAAAUCCCAGGGCUGGCCUGGCUUCUAGUUCCACACGCAAAUAAGGUGUGCUCUGUGCAUGUGUGUGCGUGUGCAUGUGCGUGUGAGUUCCCCAGAAACCCGACCUGUUCUCCUGUUAAGCAGCCAAUAAAAGUAGACACGUGCAUGGGUGCAUCCAGGUGUGAACUUUUUAAAAAGCUGUGGCACCGGGAUUCAGCCGCUGAUUGCAUGCGGAGAGCCAGAGGCAGCCUGAGACAUAGGACCCUGGACGCCAACCCUGAGUUUUCCCCCACGCAGAAGGGGAACUGCACGUCUCGUUCUGGCCUUCGAGACCCCGGCUUUCCAAAGACACGUACCAUCUCCCUUUGAAGCUCACGCUGAAGCCAGGCGCUGGGGUCUACAACGGCCAGACUCCCCACGGAGCGUGGAUUCGGGUUCCUGGGAGGCACACGGCACGCAUCGGGGCAGCGCGCCACGGACGGGGCGUGCGGUGGAAUCAGGGAUUUAUUGCCUGAGAUGAUGGAGCUUUUGAAAAGAAAUGCUUUUUUUGUAAGA